AUGUCGACGAUUCCCGUAAUAAAUCAGUUUAUUGGUGUGUAUUCACUGUUAUUAACAAUAUUUGGUACAAUUGGUAAUCUAUUAUCAUUAUUCAUAUUUCUAAAAACUAAAAUAUUAAGAAAAUAUUCAACAUGUAAAUUUUUAAUUGCUCUUGCUAUUAUUGAUACCUUAUCAUUAUAUUGGUGGAAUUUACAGCGAUUUUAUAAAGUCUAUUUUGGAUUUACUUACAAUAACUUAUCCGUCGCCAGCUGUCGUAUAUCAAUGUUUAUGGCCUAUUCAACAUUAGAAAUAAGUAGUUGGCUAUUAGUUCUAAUGAGCUUAGAUCGCUUUCUUAAUAUAAAAUUUGCUUGUUACAGGCAAAGAAUAUCAUUUAAUCCAAAAAUGGUACGAAAUUUAAUAUUAACUACAAUUUCGUGUUUUAUACUGAUUAAUUGUCAUCAUUUAAUCUUUAACGGUUAUGCAGAUAUAACAGUAACGAAUGGUACACAGGUUGUCACUGUUGUGUGUUAUGCAAGCCGAUACAGCAGGUAUAUUCUCUGGCCUGUAUGGGAAUAUUUUCAUCUCAUCAUUUAUGUUUGUGUGCCGUUUUGUUUUAUUCUAUUAUGUAAUUGUUUAAUUAUAAGGCAAGUUUAUUUCACAAGUUUUAAUAAUAAUCGUCGACGCAAAUUCAAUAUGACAUUAACCUUAUUAACAACAACAUUUUGUUAUAUUAUUAUGUUAUUACCAUCAUCAUUAGGAUUUUCUGUAUUCGGCGAUGUAUUAUCGUCAAAUGUAUUAAAUUUAUUAGAUUGUAUUCUCUAUACCUAUCAUUCCAUUGGUUUUAUUAUUUAUACAUUAACCGGACAAGAAUUUCGGAGCGAAUUAAAAAAAGAAUUAAAUGGAGCAUUACAUUGUUUACAAUUAUCAUUUAAGAAUAAUACUUCAAUUCAUCCACUAGUAACAACAAACCGCUGA